UGAAUAUAUUCACUAACAAAUUUACACAUAAAUUGAGAAUGAAAAGGUAGACAUUCUGCAGUUGUUCUUGCCCAAAAUGUAUACACUCAUGAGUUGUCACAGGCAAAUAAUCAAGAAAACUGGUCUACUAUGCCUCUCCUUUCAAUCCCACCACUAUUCUCACAGCUCUCCACAGAUUGAAGCCGCAGCUGCGGAAAUCUGCAACAUUCUGAAGCAUAACAACUGGCAAUUUCUGUUUGAAUCGUCGCAUUUUCCACGAGACUUGAAUCCAGACUUGGUCCAUUCGGUGCUGCAAAGAAGCCAUUUUUCGCUUAAUCCGCGGCGCCUUCUCGAUUUCUUCAAUUGGUCGAGUCAUCAUCUCGGUACUGCUCAGAGUCUCCAUUCCUAUUCGAUUCUUGCAUUGAUUUUGUGCAGUUCUAACCUUUAUGCACCUGCCAUAACUCUGCUCACCAAAUUGGCUGAGGCCCAGGUUCCUGUGUCCGAUAUUCUUGACUCAAUUCUUAAACUUUGCAAUGAAUCUGAGAGGUUUCGAUCGAGGGGGAUUGUGUUUGAAUUGUUGAUUGAUGUUUAUAGGAAAAAGGGCAUGUGGAAUGAAUCUGUUGCUGUGUUUUUGGGGAUUAAGGGCAGUGGUUUUAGGAUCAGUUUAUUGUGUUGUAAUUCUCUGUUGAAGGAUUUGUUGAGGUGUGGGAGAACGGAGUUGUUUUGGAAGGUUUAUGGGGGAAUGUUGGAAAUGGGAAUCAGUUUAGAUAUUUACACUUAUGUGAGUGUUAUUACUGCUCAUUGCAAGGUUGGGAAUGCAAGAGAAGCUAAAAGGGUUCUAAAAGAGAUGGAGGAGAAUGGGUGUGAUCCAAACGUGAUUGCUUAUAACAUCGUUAUCAAAGGGCUAUGCAGAAGUGGUGCCAUUGAUGAUGCUCUGCAGCUGAAGAUGGCAAUGAUUGAGAAGGGGUUGGCUCCUGAUCAAUAUACUUUCUCAAUAUUUAUUGACUGGUUUUGCCAGCAUAAGAGAGCUUCUGAGGCAAAGUUAAUUUUGCAUGAGAUGUAUGAGACAGGCUUAAACCCUGAUCAUAUUGCAUAUUCUGCAGUGAUUAAUGGGUUCAUGAAAGAGGGUGCUGUGGAUGAGGCCUUUCAAAUCAAGGAUGUAAUGGUUUCGCGAGGAAUUAAGUUGAAUUUGCUAAAUUAUAAUGCUAUUAUACAUGGUCUUUGCAACAAAGGUAACAUGGAGAGGGCAGAAAGUCUAGUAUUUGAGAUGAUUAAAUUAGGAACAAACCCUGAAAUCCAGACAUACAAUUACCUGAUUUAUGGGCAUAGCCGAGAGCGUGAUAUGGAGAAGGUCUCUGAAAUUCUGGCUUGGAUGAAUGAAAGAAACUUGGCACCUUCAAUAUACACCUUUAAUGCUAUAAUAGAUGAAUUGUGUCACACGGGAAAUCUCGAACAAGCCCAUCUGUUAUUGCGCAAUCUAACUGAAAGAGGUGUCACACCUAAUAUUGUUAGCUACACUACCAUUAUAAAAGGUUACAUGAAAGAAGGUAAAUAUGAAGAUGGUAUGAGGAUAUUAGAUGAUAUGUGGGAGAAAGGCAUUGUUCCUGAUGUUUUUUGCUAUAACUCUAUUAUUAUUGGUCUUAGCAAAUCCAAAAGGAUGAGUGAGGCACAAACUUGUCUCAUUGCAAUGCGGAAGAAGGGAGUGAUACCAAAUGCCUAUACAUUUGGGGCAUUUAUUUCAGGAUAUAUGGAGAUUGGUGAGAUGGAGAUUGCAAAGAAGUACUUUGUGGAAAUGCUUGAUCAAGGUAUCAUUCCUGAUCUUCAUAAUUAUACAGCUUUGAUUGAUGGGCUUUGCAGAAAUGGGGACAUAGUGCAUGCUUUUUCCAUAUUCAAUAUUAUGCUAGAACGACGUCUACUUCCAGAUACACACAUUUACAGUGUGCUUAUAAUGGGCCUUUCAAAGAAUGGGAAACUGGUAGAAGCAAUGAGAAUCUUCUCCAGCUUCUGUGAUACGGGGUCGGUCCCUGAUAUAUAUGUUUACACUUCGCUCAUUUCUGGUUUUUGUAAGCAAGGUGAUAUGUCAAAGGCUUUCAGUCUUUUCAAUGAGAUGUCUCAAAAAGGUAUCACUCCUAACAUUGUCACUUAUAAUGCCUUGAUGGCUGGGCUGCUUAGGUCAGGUGACAUAGAGAGAGCCAAGGAGCUAUUUGCCGGACUGUCUGAUAAAGGUUUGAUACCAAACAAGGUUACAUACGCUACAAUGAUUGACGGGUACUGCAAGUCUGCAGAUUUGGAUGAAGCAUUUCGUUUGUUUAAAGAAAUGCAACUCAAGGCUGUUCCAGCUGAUGGGUUUGUUUACAAUGCUCUUCUCAAUGGAUGUUGCAAAAAUGGUGAUACACAGAAGGCUUUGUCUCUAUUUAAUGAAAUAAAAGAGAGAGGUAUAGCAUCCGUACUUACAUUCAACACAAUGAUUGAUGGAUAUUGUAAGUCGGGAGUUUUGGCCAAAGCACUUGAGUUGAUCGGAGAUAUGAUUGAUAAGAAAAUUAUGCCUAAUAAUGUGACCUUCACAAUCAUAAUCAGUCAUUACAGCAAGAUGGGUGAGAUGGAAAAAGCAGAGAAGCUUCUUUCAGAGAUGCAGAAGAGGAAUAUAGUGCCAACAAAUCUAACAUACACUUCCCUUUUACAUGGUUACAGCAAAGUAGGGGACAUAUCCAAGAUGUUAGCCGUAUUUGAGGACUUGGUGGCAAAGGGUGUUGAGCCUGAUGAAGUUGUGUACAAACUGAUGUUUGAUGCAUUCUAUGAAGGUGGGAAUUUGGAUAAAGCACUAAAAGACUGGAAUGAACUUUUGGGCAAUGGUGUAUUAAAAGGAAAGGUUAGUGAAAUACUGAUAGGAGCAUGGUCUGGAUAUGAAGAUAUGUCGACUGUACUAGCAUUACUUGCUAAAAUGAGUGAGCAAGGGUAUAAGCCUAGUGUUACUACAUGCAGUAUCUUUGCCUAUGGUUUGCAAAGAGUAGGAUACAAAGAAGAACUACGUAACAUUAUUGAUGCUAUGGUGAGCUACGGUUGGGUUCCUCCAUCAAUGAGUUUAGUUGACUUGGUCAACCAAUGCCAACGAGAAGAUAUCCAAAGUGAUCAUCCCCUGCAAGGAGCACCUGGAGUUGCUUGUCAGAUUUAAUCUUAAUUGAGAUGAUACGGCUUUCAACAUUUUUUUACCAUCAGUGCUUCAUAAAGCAUCUGAUGCUGCUGUUCUCUCCAUAUUGGCAUUGAGUAUUCAUCACUUUUCUUCCAGAGGCCCUGAUGAGAGAAAUUGCGGUCAACGAAACUCUUCGGUCACAGGUAACAGGGAGCUUGGUAAUUGAUAUGGUGGGAAUGGAGAUAAAUGUUGUGGCUUCAUAAUUUGGAACAAUUCCUCAAUUAGUAUUAUCAGCUUGAUAUUCCUAAACUGGGAAAUUCUCUAUCAUCACAUUUUGGAUAACCAAAGUAUAUGUUCAUCCUAAUUCUCCUGGACUACACCCAUUCCCAUUGUUGUUCCCUUUACUACCAAACAUCCCCUUGAGUUGCAUUUAUCUUUAAGGAUUUGGAAACUGUGAAUGCUUCUAAUCUACACUAACAAUUCCAUAACAAUUAGUGUGAGGUUGAAAUCGCAAGUGCUGACUACAUUUUUAUCACUAGAUGCAUUUCCAUCAGUGAAGCGUUGGUCAUCCUUGAUCCAUUAAUUAAUUCUUUUGUCAUUCAAUCUUAUUCAUUUUCCUUGAGCAACGUGAUUGAGUCUUCAUGCAGAGCAUGUGCUGAAUGACAAACAUAUGCACUUCACUAAUGUUGAUGUUCAAGAUGUUAAGGCCACAGUUAAUUCCCCUUUUGAGUUUCGGUCCGGGCAGAGUGUUUCAUGCGUUAACUGGGACCUGAUCCGCGUAGACCAAGGAUGAACACUCAUCCUGUACAGCAUGGACUACCAGAGUGAGGGUAUUCAAUCCUGUUCACUCCCCAUGAUUUCGACCCCAGCCAUCUACGGAGCUGCACCUUGAACUAUAUCAGUUUGUCUCCAUAAAAUAUAAAGUGAACAGAGAUCGCAAGGUAUUGCAUGAUGCUUUUGCGAUGAUUUCUAGGUUCUGUUGAAUGAAUUUUGUGGAAUGUACAACAUUAAUUUACCUAUGUUGAUGGUUCCCUGAGUUUCUGUGAAUAAAAAAAAAUUAUGUAUCAAGAGAUAUCACCUCUGAUAAGUUAUAUACUUCGGUGAUUGCAAAAUA